GUGGUGGUUUCGGGUCGAGAAGGAGCUGGUAGCCUUCCCGGCGACAUAGAACGGACAUUCUGUCGCUGAAAUUGAGAACAAAAUUCUCGCAAGUGAAUGCGACAUGUACCGGUCUUGGCUGCACCAUUCGCCUUGUGUCAGGCCUUGCAUGAGCAUGCGCUAGUCAUGACAACUCCAUCGAAAUCACCCGGUGCCGUUACGGACGCGAGUUCAUUGGUGUUCGUGAGCACGAUCUCGAGCACUGAAAUCGAGAAAGGCGUGGAGUUUGCUGCAGUAAAGAUGGCUUCAUACCGGUCCUGGCCACUCUCGGAGGACGGCGUAGGUUCGCGAAGGAGGAGAACGUUGGCCCUGGACGUCAUCGUGGUCAGCGACACAAAGGGUAAUGUGACCCUUGAACAUCGACCAUCACCUAGAACAUCGCCCACUUUCUGCCCCAAUACCAAGCACGAUUCCGACACUGAAGAUGAGGACUGUCUUCUACUGUCUGGCUAUGCUGGUAUCCACGGUGAACAAAAUGCUAAAUGUCAGCGGACGAGCUCUCCAACGUCUGCAUUCGCUGAGGACAACGAUACAGCCGCAUACAUUGAAGAUUGCCAGCUGCCUCCAUUUGAGGUUUCAAUUUCUGCGGAGGAUAAUUCAAGAUAUGGUGAGGUUGUCAUGUACGCCCACUAUCUAUGGUUCUACUGUGCUUCACACUGCCAUAGUGAAGUUCCGUUCUUCAGCAAUAAUAUCCUCGGAGAACGUACGCAAAUUUUUCAUGUUUAAUGGUGAUGGGAUCUUUUUCAGAUUUAAAUGGAGUUUUUCAAGGCGGUGAAGGUUACGGAGUCCUUGUUGUAAAGGUAGCUACAGCCAUUGACAUAAGUAAAAUGUAUAUUAGAAACCGUAUGGCUUAC